UCUGUAAUAACUUAAACAUCUGGAUGUAGUGUAGUAUUUACAAGAACAUCCCUUUGUUAGAAUGAAGAGAUUUAUCCUGUCGUUGCCACCGCAGAGAUGAAGAUCAGCUGUUGGAGGAAGUGAUGCAGGAAAAUGCCCAUAAUGUAGCUGCACUCAAUGACUAAAAGGGGGAAGCACAAAGAAACUGGCUGCUGUAGUCCGAGGUGGUCUUUUAACUCUCUUCAAAGAGCGAACACAUUUCAAAAUGGAUUCAAAGCACACUCUGAUUUCUAGUCUUUUACUUAUUUUUUAUUUCUAAAAGCGGAGAAGAAUGCAAUAUUGAUGUGGAAGUUUUUUUGUCAGCUGCCAGCUAGUUAGCUAGCUUUGAGUUAACGCGACGAGUUUGCCUCAGUUCGCUUCUGCUCGUAAACGCUGGCCAACUUGCUAACAACUUAGUGUGUACUGGCAUUCCCGGAGUGAUGUACAUCCAGUCCCACAUAGUACGGUUUUCCAUAAAGCAUUGCGGAUGUCAAGGUCACAAUGAUGGAGCAGAAUAGAAAGACACUUUGAUCUGUGGCCGGUGCCAUCUGAGGGAUUGUCUGGUUUUUAAGUCUAACAGUGCAAGACCUGGAUCGUGGCAGAUUUGGCACAGGCCUGAGGGUAUGUUGAGACGUCUCGCCAGACCAGAGCAGAGGCGUCUAGGUGGUUCGGACGGGGACUGAAGGCGAGGAGGAAAGACAGACGAGGGACCAGGGAGGAAGACAUGGGCCAGUGUGUCACCAAGUGUAAGAAUCCGACGUCCUCACUCGGCAGCAAGAGUGGAGACAAGGACAGCAGCUCCAAGUCCCACCACAAGAAAGGUAGCAGUGCUGGUGGUGGUGGUGGCCAUAAAGAAGAGCCCAGUGCCCCAUGUAGCAAAGCCACCAGCGAGCUGUCGAAUGGCACCAAGGCCUUAGAAGUUACUGUGGAGACACCCGUCAUACCCACAGGGAUGGGGGAACCACGGAAGGAUGAGUUUCUGGAUGGAGACGGGCUGUCAUUACUACGCAUCGAGGAGCUGUUCAGCUGCUACAAGGAUGAACAGGAAGAUGCCAUCUUGGAGGAAGGCAUGGAGAGGUUUUGCAAUGACCUGUGCGUGGACCCAGCAGAAUUUCGCGUGCUUGUCCUUGCCUGGAAGUUUCAAGCCGCCACUAUGUGCAAGUUUACAAGGAAGGAGUUUGUUGAGGGCUGCAAGGCCAUCCAGGCAGACAGCCUCAAAGGCAUUUGCUCACGUUUCCCAUGCAUGCUGCUGGAGGCUCAGGGCGAGGAGAACUUCAAGGACUUGUAUCGGUUCACCUUCCAGUUUGGCCUGGACGCUGAGGAGGGCCAACGGUCUCUGCAGCGCGAAAUUGCCAUUGCCCUGUGGCGCCUGGUUUUCACCCAGGACACACCUGUAAUCCUGGAGCGCUGGCUGGACUUCCUAGCGGAGAACCCCUCAGGUAUUCGGGGCAUCUCAAGGGACACGUGGAACAUGUUCCUGAACUUCACCCAGGCGAUUGGGCCUGACCUGAGCAACUACAGCGAGGACGAGGCCUGGCCCAGCCUCUUUGACACCUUUGUGGAGUGGGAGUUGGAGCGCAGGAAAAAAGAGGAGCAACAGGCACUGACGGCAAAGGAGGAAGACGAGAGGUGUACUGAGACAGAGUGUUCUCCUACCACAGAUAGACUUGAAACAGAGGGAAGUCGCGGCUCACAGACGUGGGGGGGCCACUGACAAGGAAACAAGAAAUAUUUGUGAGGGAGGGAAGGAUAUGACCUAUAAGUGAACUGUACAUCUGUGAAUCAUUGGAUGAAUAUUAGUAUUACCAUUACAGCUGUUCAUUUCGCUCUCCUUUUCUGUUGGGUGGGAUUCCUGCUUUGCAACUUUAUUUUUUUGGUUUUUGAAAGGGCUCUAAGAACUGUUAUGUUUUAAGCACUUCUAUUUAAGUUAUUGUUUUACCUUUUUCUCCUCCCAUGUGUGUUUUUAGUAAUUGGACUUGUGGUCCAUUUUAACCUACACCUACCCACCGUAACCCAGCACAGUAAGAAAAGGCUUGAUAUUAAAAGCAGGCAACAGAAAGCCAUAACCUUUUCCUGCAGUUGUCACAUAGAUAAUUAAUUUUUGACCUGGUAACACUGCUGAAAUGUUUUGUACAAGGAAAUAGUUAAUAAUAAAUAAGAAGGGAAAUUUGGGGAACCUGUAUACAAAUAAUUUCUUACUACCAAAAACAUAAGAUUUAUCACAAGGGUUGGUGAAAUCAUCUCAAAUGGACUAAUCUAGAUAGAUUGUAUGCUUUUAUCUUGCAGUGCUGUGAGGAUGAAUUGGUUGCACUGGUAUUGCCUUCAGACCUGUUGCCCUGAAAUGACAUGGCAAACAGUAAAUUGAUUACAAUUGCGUCACAAGGGCGUUUUUAUUUUUUAAAUUAAUACAAGUGACAUUUACAUUUGCAUCUAUAAUUCAUUAAAGUUGCAAUAUCCAUUUAAAACCCAAGUUGAUUUCCAUAGUAACACACCCACCUUCUCUUCUGUGUUGAGUGUUUUUGAGUGCUACUAGUGCAGUGAGCAGCUUAGCUUGUUUAAGCAGCUGGCUGUGCUCCUUUUUGACCUCUAGCAUCUCCCAUUUUGACGUCCACCUAUUUUCAAGAAGCGGUUAAGUGUAUACACCACAAUGGCGCUGGCUUAUCUCAGAUGCCUCAUUGAUCUCAUCUUAGGAAAUCUGUAACAUGACAAAUGGGCUAAAGCUAGGUCUUGGUCAUUUCUGGACAGAAGAUGCCUAAACCUGCGUUACAUUCAGGACCAUUACACUGGGUGACACACAAAGCUUAUAUUGUUUACCUUCAGGAGUUUGAGUCUUCACAUCCUUGAACUGCUAUACAAAAAAAUAGUGUGCACACUUCACAAGUAAUGUUGAUUGCUGCUGGUGAUGGUUGUAAUUGAUUGCACAAAAACCAAUGGCAUGCUAAGUCUAUGCUAUACUUGCAACGCUUUGCAGAAAGAUCGAUGUCAACCACAUUAUUUCCAUUUUAAACCUUUUCCAAACUGUAGAUUGAUCUUAAGUAUAGCCUAGAGUGUUUUUGGGAUGAGUGAAUGAGUGUUAACUAGACAUGCUGGCUAAUCAAGAGUCUGUGAUAUGGGUCCAGUGUGGUAAGAGGAUUGUCAUAACCUGAUCUGUUUUGGUUUACAUCUACAAUGGUUUUAUUUCAGACCCCCUUCGUCCUUUUUAUAUUAAAAUGUAUUGAUUUAUAAUAAUAAAAACAGUGUUGAACUUUU